GGGGCAGCUGGUGCCGCCCGGCGCCGAGGUGCCUCUCAGCGCGGCCGGCCUGCCCUGCGCGCUGCGCGCCUACCCCGCCGGGCCCCUGCGGGGCCUGUGGAGCGCACUGGCGUCCCGGCAGAGCUGCUGCGUGGUGCGGCCGGGCGAGCGCGUGGAGUACCUCGGCAGGGUCCGGUGGAGCAACGCCGCCCCCAAGGUCCGCCGGAGCACCUCGUGCAUGGGCAGCGCCAGCUCCGCUCGCUCGAGCGGCGCACUGCUGGACAAGGUGCACUGA